CAUACCCUUGGUCUCCAGACUGCGCCUUCAACUUCGUCCGCCCCAGCUAUCAAAGGGGCCAAGGUCCUCAAAUCCCCUGCACCUACUGAACACUACAUCCCGGUGCCGGACCCAAUUGCCAAAUUAGCCUCCGAAGAAUGGGCCCACCCACUCAAAGCUCGACGCUUCAAGAACCUGGCUGACAGACUUUACGCCCUAGCCCCAGACUUUGCCACCAAGUUAGAUGACCCUGGCAUAGAUGAACCAAUCGCUCGCCUCGUUUCACGAUCUCUUUUGCCCAGGGAAGGGGAAUCCCACCUAAAAGAUACUACUGAGCGUCGAAUAGACUUCGCCCUCCGCAAGAAUCACGAGGCCACUGCCCUAGCCAUGCGUGCCUCCGCUUCAGCCUCCAUCUUCUCCAGAGCAUCUAUGAUGUGGAUGGAUGACCUUCUAGAGGAUGCUAACCCUGAUCCUGUCGCCUUCAAAAGAGCACUAUUGAAAUUACGUAAGACAGCAGCUUUUGUGGCCGAUGCCACUUUGGAUGCCACCCAAUUAGGGGCACGAGCCAUGACGACUCAAAUUGUUGCUCGUCGCACCCUCUGGCUUCGCCACUGGCAAGCUGAUUCGGCGGCCAGACUGAACCUGUCCAAGGCUCCCUACUCCGGAUCUCUACUCUUCGGCGAGGAAGCUCUAAAGGCAGUGCUGGUUGAUCCAAAAGAUGCACACAAACCGGUUCUGGCCACAGUCAAGAACAUCGACCACAGGCCCUUCAGGCGAUUUUCCUCCUUUCGUUCCAACCAGUCCUUUCGAGGAACGCGGCCAGGAGGACGAGGCUGCGACUUCAGACCCUAUGACCCCAACGUAUUCAGGGGCUUCUGGAACCGACGCUCCCAAGGCAGAGACCUACGGCUGGCUUGUCAACUUCGACAAGAGUCAGCUCCAACCAACCCAACGCCUACUACAUCUUGGAGCAAUGUUGGACACCCUGCAGGCAAUGGUCUUCCUGGCUCCAGAUCGCAUCACUGCCAUCACAAGCAUUGCAAGGUCCCUGAUGCAACAAACAUCCGCAGACGUCAUGCUUCUCGCCAGAGCGCUCGGGAUGUUUAUCUCCACAAUCCACAUUGUGCCCUGGGCUCGAGCCCACACUCGGCCCCUUCAGUGGACUCUGUUGCCUUUUCAAAAAGACAUUGCCAGCUCCAAACAUCGCAAAGUUCGUUUGAGCCCCGCACUGCGCCUCUCCUUCCGCUGGUGGACCAAGGUGCAACACCUCUCCAAGGGCACGUCGUUCAGAGAACCCCGCAGAACCGUUGUAACCACAGAUGCCAGCCUCAUAGGUUGGGGAGCCCACUGCAACUCCCAGUACGUUCAGGGGCUUUGGUCCAACGCAGAGCAAUCUCAAAGCAUCAACUGGCUGGAACUAAAGGCUGUCCAAUUAGCUCUAUGUCAUUUUCAGUCUCUGUCCCCUUUGCAUCAUGUGCUCAUUCGAACAGACAACACGUGUGUAAAAUCACAUUUGAACAGACGGGGGCACCAGGUCUCGUCCUCUGCAGGACUUAGCCUCCCUCAUUUUUGUCUGGGCAGAACAACAUCUACAAUCCCUGAAAGCAGAACACCUCAGAGGGAUUUGGAAUGUGACAGCAGACUGGCUCAGCAGACAACAGGUCUUUCCGGGAGAAUGGAAACUUCAUCCAGCCAUUUUCCAUCGUCUCCAGUGUCGGUUCGGCGCCCUCUCAGUCGACCUGUUUGCUUCCAGUCGCAAUUGCCAGCUUCCCAGGUACUUUGCCCGAUACCUGGACUCAACAGCAGAAGCAGUGGAUGCUCUAACAACACCGUGGCCAGACGGUCUAUUGUACGCCUUUCCCCCCAUACCAUUGUUAGCCAAGACCUUGAGGAAGGCGCGAACCGAAAGGGCACAGCUGGUUCUGAUAGCACCAUUUUGGCCACGCCGACCGUGGUUCUCAGAUCUUCUGGCAAUGUCAAUGAUGGAUCCUUGGACACUUCCAGUAACGCCAGACCUCCUAUCCCAGGGUCCAGUACUGCACCAGGACCCUACUUGGCUCAAUCUAACAGCUUGGCGUUUGAACGGAGACAUUUGAGGUCAGCUGGACUGUCUGACGCUGUGAUUGAUAUUAUUUUGGCCUCAAGAAGACCAUCUACCACUCGCAUUUAUCAACAUACCUGGGCGGCUUUCUCCAAGUGGUGUCAGUCCCACCACCACGAUCCAUCCCAGACCAAUGUACAUCAGGUGCUCCAAUUUCUCCAUAGUGGCUUUAUGAUGGGACUUCGACCCAACACUCUACGUCGACAUGCGUCUACUCUGUCAUCCAUUCUCUCAGUGUCCUCUCCUGGAGAUCAUAUUUCCUCACAUCCGUUCAUCAAACGUUUUUUGAAGGGAGUCUCCCUACGCUCUCCGGCUGUUGUCCAUCGGUUCCCCUCAUGGAGUUUGCCUAAAGUUCUGCAGGCUUUGCAACGCCCUCCAUUUGAACCAAUCAGGACUGUGCCCCUACGUAUACUGUCCUUCAAGGUCCUGUUUCUGAUCGCAAUCACAUCUGCCAGGCGCGUUUCGGAGUUGGGCGCAUUGUCUUCUGCUUGACACCUCUGCGUCUUCCAUAAGGACUCUGUUGUGCUGAAGACUGAUCCUUCCUUUCAUCCCAAGGUUGAUUCAGUUUUUCAUUGCAACCAGGACAUUGUGUUGC